UUCUACUUGAUUCUUGGUGCACAGGACUAUUUACUGGUUGAGAAAAACCUAAAGGAAGUUGUGGCUGAAAAAUCAGUGAAUUCAUCUGACGACAAACCCGCUGAAGAUACGACUGCUGUUGAAAGCGAAGCUGCUCCUGUUGCUGGAGAGGGUGCUGAAGCCGCAAAUGUUGCUAGUGAAGAAAGUAAGGAAUCCAAUUCUGUUGAUGACACCAACUCUCCUCCCAGCGAAGAAAGCAGCGACAGUGCUGAAUCUGGAGACGCAGCUGACCAAGAAGCUGAAGAAACACCCGAGAUAAAGCUUGAGACUGCACCAGCAGACUUUCGUUUCCCUACUACCAACCAAACUCGACACUGCUUCACCAGAUAUAUUGAGUAUCAUCGGUGCGUUGCUGCGAAGGGUGAAGAAGCACCUGAGUGUGACAAAUUUGCUAAAUACUAUCGCUCUCUUUGCCCCGGUGAAUGGGUCGAUAGAUGGAACGAGCAGAGGGAAAAUGGCACUUUUCCAGGCCCUCUGUAAUUGAUGCCCCCACAAAGUAUCACACAUUCUCAAAUCUGUUUGAUGCAAUGAGAGUUUCUUCUUCUGAAAGGAUCCGAGUAAGUAAUAAGAGAAUUUGGCUUGUUCUUAUGAGCACGCGAAGCUCCAACUAUAACGAGGUGUGGCCUCUUUGAACCACAUUUUUGUCUAAUGUUGUAUUUGCCCCGAUUACAAUGGUAAAGUAUACCCCAUUUUCAUACUCAUUUGUCGAAUAGCUGUGGCAUGCCGUUACACGUUAAUCGCUGUGCGAGACCGGGCUUGCCAUUCGAUCAACAUUUUAUAACUUCAUUCACCAGAACUUGGGUUAAGUUGGUUACAAAUUGCCAUCACUGUUUGAGUUUUGGUUUUGAAUGCAAGAGUGAGAAAUUUGUAGUUUGGUCACUAA